CAUAUAGAAUUAACAAUGGAAAUGUUAUCAUUCUUGUCAUUUAUUUCUCUUGUUUCUGCUGGUGGAAUAAAUCCAUUUUCAGAUGAUGACCUGUUUUCAAUCAACUGGGCUGGUACUGUAGACAUGGAAAGACUGAAAAACCACCACUUAGAGAUCAAGUUGUCCAGGCCUCGACCUUAGCGGUGGACCGUUGGACCGACGCAACCAAAAUAUCGGCAGGUCCACUAACUAUCAAAAGUUGGAUAGACCGACGGUCAACCAAUUUUCAGUCACGGUCUGCAAAAGUGAAGAAUAGGGGAAAAAUCGUACGCAUAUCGGCAAAUUCACAAAACGAAAGUUGAUUUUGCCUUAAGUACAGCAUUCUACAGUUACAAGCAUUGGCGAGUUGAAGUCAGGAUAGCACGAAUGGACUACUCCACUGAUCGGGCGAGUGGUAUUUACGUGGAAAAUAGUGACCUUGAGAUAGUUUCGGUACAAACAGAAGAGAAUGAAAAAUAUCAGUGUGUUAUUCCAGAAUCUCAAGCCUCCAUUGAUGCUACUAGGAAAGCAACAUAUAAUGGUGCAACACCAGAUGAGCUGAUGGAAGCCCUGUUUUUGCAGUCUUCUUGUUCUUAUAGAAUAGAGAGUUAUUGGACAUAUGAACUUUGUCAUGGGAAGCACAUUAAACAGUACCAUGAUAAUAAGGAGCUUGGACUGCAAAAGCCAAAACUGCAAGAAUAUUAUUUGGGAGUUAUUACUCCAGCAACAAAAGAAGAUGAAAAAAAGACUUCAGAAGACAAAACUAAAUCAGGAAGUGAAACAGAAGAAAAGACCAGUGAGAAAACAGAGGAGAAAGAGCCAGAAGGUGAAAUUGUGGAUGAAACUGUGGAAGGGAAGGAAGAAGAAACCAAAGAUGGAGAAAAAGAAACAACAGAAAAGAAACAGCAGGAAAUCAGAAGUGUUAAAAUAGAUGGUUUGGACCUGCCAUUUUUCUCAGUAAACAUGACAGGGGGUACAGACUGUGAUUUAACAGGAAAACCUCGACAAAGCCACAUCAUGUAUAUCUGUCAACCAAACGGUCGUGGAGAGAUUUACCAGCUCAAAGAAACUUCCAGUUGUGAAUAUGACAUUAUUGUACUGACCUCAGUACUCUGCCAGCAUCCAGCUUUCAAACCAAAGGAUCCACCAGUCAGUAAGAUAAACUGCCAUUCUGUUGGUAAAUCACCUCGGCAACCAGGGAGGCUGACCAAGCUACAGAGAGAGCAGGGGAUAAGGCUGGAACCAGAAGACGAGGAAGAUGAGGAGGAGGAGGAGGAAGAGGUAUUACAACAUCCACCAAAGAAACAGACAGGCUUUAAAAAAGAUCAUAUAUAUGAAGAAAAUAAACCAGUUAAAGUUGACACAACUAUAGGAAAGGAAGCAGAUAAACAAUUACUCCGAGACUUCUUAAACGGAGAUUAUUGUAUACAUGGGGGAGGUGGAUGGUGGAAGCAUGAGUUUUGUUACAAUAAACAUGCUAAACAAUACCAUGAGGAAACUGGCAGUGUAACAACAAUACUUUUAGGGCAUUGGAACAAACAGAAACAUUUAGACUGGCUGGAGAAAAACCCAGCCAAAAAGCCAAAGGGACCUCAAAGUAGAAAGCAAAUAUCAUUGUACUACAGCGGAGGAGAUAUUUGUGAUUUAACUAAUUUACCAAGACAUGUAGAAGUAAAAUUAAAAUGUUUACAAAAUCAGAAACAACCUCAUGCUGUUGCCAUCUACCUGGUAGAGCCAUCUCCUUGUGAAUAUGUGUUAGGUGUUGAAUCUACGUUAUUUUGUGGUCUUCUGGAGCAAGCAGAUGACAAUGGAUUGUUUGACCAUAUCAAUGUUUAAUUAUUUUUGUAACAUACUGUUUUUUUUUUGUAAAAUCAUUGCCAAUAUAAAUCCAUUACAUGCAAGCUAAACGGUUCAUAUACUCACAUGAUCAUAAUGCCAGUUUGUAUAUACAUGUAGUUGUAAACUUACAUUAUUCUAUAUCUAUUUUAUCUAUCCAAUCGUGAAGGUUUCUUUGAAACACGUGACCAUACAAUAUAUUACUGUAUUGGACGCAUGUGCGUACAAAAUAACCUGUAUUUUUUUCCAUAUUUGGGCGGUUCAACAGUCCCAUGUUAAACAUACAAUAAAGCUCGAAACGCAUGAAAAUGUUCCGAAUGUAAAUCGAGUGAAGUAGGCGCUCUAUUUACAGAGUUUGAUUAUGCAUCUUGAAAUCAGGAUUAUAUAUCAAGAAAAGGCAGAAAUAGCUACAAUAUUCAGUGAAUCAUUUUUAAUUUAAACUAAAAUAAAAUAGAUAUAGAAUAAAAAGGUUAUCAAUUUUAAUAUUGUACUGUGCAAUACGAGAUAUACAAUAUGGAGAUAUAUUUGGACUCGUACCCAGCUGGGAAAACCAUAUUGGACUCGCCUAGCGGCUCGUCCAAUAUGGUUUUCUCAGCUGGGUACUCAUCCAAAUAUGUCUCCAUAUUGUACAGAACAAUGUUAAAUAACCUAAUUAUUGCACAUACUUGAAACAAUCUGUACCAGGAAGUAUUAAAUGUGAAAACUUUUGACUUGAUAACAGUGUUUUCAAACCAUGUGAUGGUGAAUAUAGAGUUGUUUUUUUUUUCUGGUAGAAUACCAGUAGAUCAUUUUAUGAUGCCAUUAUUGAUGAAAGAUGAACCUACAAGGAAAUUAUUUUGGUUUCUAUUUUUUGCUUGCACUAGUUUCAGAGAUUGUAUAGGUUUAAAUUAUAUGUUAGCUUCUCAAAAUUCUUACAUAAAAGCUAAGCAAGAUAAAUGAAUGCAGAAAGUACUAGAAGUGUUUUAACAUGUUUGAUUGUAGAUGGAUUGAUAGAAAUUUUCUAAUGAGAAUUAUUUUUGUUGCAUCUGACUUUUCAGAGGUGUUCAGCAAAGGUGCUUGUGUUACAGUAAUGGAUAUUGUAAGGGAUGCAAUGUAAAACGAUAACCCUUUGCAUACUGGAAUGACCAGUAAACACGCUUAUGUAAAGUUAUUGUGAUGGAUAUAAAAUGAUUAUGUUUGUUCAAACAGCUUAUGCACGCAGCAUUUGUUGUCCCUGCAAGGAAAAACCUAAAUGCUGUAAUUUCUUGUACUGUGUGUUGUGUUGAUUAUACUGCUAAUGUGUGGUAGUUUAAUAUCUGUUUUAAACAGGUGUAUUAUAAUUAUCUAUUACAUGUAAACAUUGGAUUAUCAAAAUAUAUCUGGUAUUUUGAAAUUUCAGCUUUAUUAUCACUGGUAAGAAACUAUAAAAUGUGUAAAUUUAGUCAAAACAGGAAAUAAAAAGAAAAAUUGUUUGUAUUACGUGUAAUAUCAAAAUAUUUUUCACUCUAGAACACCAUAUUUCACAUUUUCGCCAAUGGCUUGUCACUCGUGAAAAUACUGCAUCUGGAGUUCACUCGUGAAAGAUGUUUCAAUCUUACAAUGAAACAAACAAAUAGCCUCCAUGUAUGAGCUAUAAAUGCAAAAAUAUGAAAAAAUAGUACAGAGACUAUAGUAUUUUUAGUGUAGAUCGGUUACUGUGAUAAUAGCUUGAUAACCAGGCCCCGUGUUCACACAACAUUUUUCAGUCUCAGCUGAAUUUGAGUCUGAAAUUUUAAUAUCAAUUUUACUAAAACUUCAAGGUUAAAUUUCAACUGAGACUGACCAUCAAUACUGAAUAGCCACUUGAAAAUAGUUAUUAACUUAAAAUUUAGUUUUAAACAUGCUAUUUAGAUAUAAUGACAAAUUAAGUUUCGUUAUCAAACUCAGCUGAGACUAAAAAUGUUUUGUGAACAAAGGACCAGUAUCACAUAUAAUGUUUUAGUUGUUCAGAAAGUAUGAUGGUACUGGUAGUAUAUUAAGUAGCUAGUAAUGUUUGUAUUUAUUCUCAGUAGUAGAAAUAAGAAUAUACCGGUACCCACUGAUCCUGAAAAUAAAAAAUCAACAGGUCUAACAAAAUGCUCUGGAAAACUUCAAAUUUUGUAUAUGUAUAUAUUUUCUCUAUGCAUUUAAUCUUCAUCAGUGAAAAUCUGUAACUAAGUGAGCACUUGUAGAGCUAGAUUUCAAAUACAGUAGUAUAAUGUUAGAUGUAUAUAAUUUCAAAUAAAUCCGAAGUUAUAUGUAUCCUGGUGUAUGUUAAAGUCAGUGCAAGCAAGUUACCAUUAAGCCAGACUUGCUGUGUAGGCAACUGAAGUCAGAAAAAAUUGUCUUUUUAGCUCACCUGUCAUGAAGUGACAAGGUGAGCUAUUGUGACCACUUGAUGUCUGUCGUGCGUAGUGCAUGGUGCGUCGUUCGUCAACAAUAUCUAAAAAAAUCUUCUUCUUGAAAACCACUGGGCAGAAUUACACCAAACUUCACUGAAAUGAUCCUUGGAUGGCCCCCUUUCAAAACUGUUCAAAGAAUUGAAUUCCAUGCAGAACUCUGGUUGCCAUGGCAACCAAAAGGAAAAACUUUAAAAAUCUUCUUCUCAAAAACCAGAAGCUCUAGAGCUUAGAUAUUUGGUGUGAAGCAUUGCCUAGUGGAUCUCUACCAAUUUUGUUCAAAUCAUGACCCCGGGGUCAAAAUUGACCCCGCC